AUGUCGCUUGGAAAGAUUGUGGUUUUUGGAGGGACUGGUGCUCAAGCUGGUCCCAUCGUUCGAGCUCUCUCUGCCACAGGGAAACACAAGGUCACAGUCCCAACUCGCAACCCAUCUUCAGCAGAGGCGGAGGCCAUAGCUGCAUUGCCUAACGUCACGGUCAUCGAGGCGAGCUAUGAUACAGACAAUGGACUUCGAACAGCAUUCCGUGGCCAAGACGCCUGCUACUUCAUCAUAAACUCAUUCUCCACACGCGAGGGCGAUGAGUACUUCUGGUCUUUCCGUGCCUACGAGAUCGCAGCCCAGAGCGGCUUGAAGCUCUUCGUCUAUAGUGGUGCCAUGAAUCGAUAUCGCGAUCAAUUCGGCUACGCAGAAGAGUUUCGGAACAGCCACAACCUGGUCAAGGCAAAUGUUGCAGAUUGGCUCUAUCAGCAGGAUGCGAAGAAACUUCCUUGGUCGAUCCUGUACGGCGGGCCUUAUGCAGAGAUGUUGGGCAGUACUUUCCUUCCCAGGCAGAUGGCCGAUGAGUAUGUUUUCGCAGCCCCCGUGAACGAGGAUAGCGUUAUACCGCUCCAGGCAUUGGACAACUAUGGUGCAACUGCAGCAUGGAUAUUCGAGCACCCUUCCGAAGCUGCUGGUCGCUGGGUUGCCGCAGGAGCGUUUCACAUUACAUUUCCUGAGAUCGUAGAGACUUUCCGAAGAGUGACUGGCAAGAAAGCUCGAUUCGUUUCGAUACCUCAAGAGAAGUGGUUUGAAGGUGCAGCUGCAAAGUUUCCUGUGGACCAGAAGCUCCCUGUGGGCAAAGCAGCUGAUGACGACGAUGCAACAUUCACGUUUCGAAAGACCUUCAGUGCUUGGUGGAGCAUGUGGAGGGACAAUCGUGGGAGUGGCUGGCCGGAAGGCACGAUUCAUCCACCACUGGCUAUCGAGACCUUGGAGGGUUGGAUGCGGAAGACGAACUAUCAGGGUGAGCCGAAGGAGCCAACGAAAAUGAGGCGGGAAAUGCAGUAG